AAGAAAGUUCCAGCGCGGCCCAGUAAAGUUUGGCACCGCGGCGGCGGCGGAGUCUCGGGAAGAACAGCGGAAUUGCGCAAAGAGAAAAUAUUCAUGCAGAAACAAAGCCGCGAUUAAUGGGAGCCGUUUGUAAACACGUGUUUCUGCUGGUGUAAAUGGGACAGUUGGACUUUUUCCCAAAGGUCGAAUAAUAGAGGAUGAUAGUUGGUGGAUAGCCAAGCACCGCGGAUCAGAGGGGGUUUUUGUGCCGCUAUAUAAGCCGCUUUGCCUCUCCAUCUUUCCCCAACGCACCACAGCUGAGCAAGGACCCUGUGGAGUUUAAUUGAUCCUUCAUAUUCCUCUUAUUACUCCUGGUGAAAUCAGCAGAAAAAAACAGCUCGUGUCACCUUUUUGCGAUUAACGAUGAAGGUAACGGUCACUUUCGGCCGCACCGGUGUGGUGGUGCCCUGUAAGGAAGGCUGGACUGUCCGUGACCUCAUUCACCAAGCCACACAAAGAUACAAGAAACUGCUUGAACAGGAGGGAGACUUCCUAGUGCGGACGCAUCACGUCGAGUACUGCGACGGGGGAAUUCUGGAUCCUGAUGAUGUGCUUUCGGAUCUGGUGGAAGACAAGGAUAAGCUGAUCGCAGUGUACGAGGAACAAGAGGCCCGGCGAAGGGGAGCGACGAGUCCCAGGAGCAGCAGCAUUAACAUGAACACAAACGGCGGUGGUGCUCCAGGACAGCCGAGCCCUGAGCCCUACGACGCCGAACUGGUCUGUUUCCAGCCAAUCCGUGGAGGGGAGAUUGAAGUCAACUCCUCCGUGCUUAAAUCCAGCACACCUCUCAUGGUGAGGAGCAGCAGUGACUCAGCUCUGGGCCCCUCGGGAGAGAACGGACCUGCACACUGUGAGACUGAUAUGGACCAACGCUCAACAGACGUGUCUAACAGCAAAUCCUCUCCCUUCACGUUCAGCCUAACAAGGACUGUGGAGAUUUCAGGAGAACACGGGCCUCUUGGGAUACACGUGGUGCCUUACUGCUCCUCUCUCAGUGGAAGGGCUCUGGGUCUGCACAUCAGGAGCGUGGAGGAGAACAGCCGGUCCAGAAGAGAAGGCAUCUUCCAGGAUGAUGACUGCAUCGUCAAGAUCAACGACACCGAACUGAUGGACAAGUCCUUUUCGCAGUCACAGGAAGUGUUCCGGCAGGCCAUGCGCUUGCCUGCUGUGCGUUUAGAGGUUCUCCCCAUGGCCAAUAAAGAGCGCUUUGAGAAGAGUCUCAUCGGCCACCUUUUCAGCACCGACGACCAUGACGGUACUCCUCGGCCCAAAGAGCCGCCUCCUCUGAAGGUGAAGCCCAUGGUGAGACCUGCAGAGCCCUCCUCCGGCAGACAAGCCGGACCUCAGGAGAGCUGCAGCGUGAACACGGAGAGCCGUUCUCUCGGUUCCCCUCUUCCCAUCAGCCUUUACCCAAGGGGCAAGAGCGGCAGCCCGCUGCUCAAAAAGAGCCACACCAUCUCACCUUUGGUUGGGUUCACCGCCAAGAAGGGAGGCAAGAGGCUCAAAAUCGAUCUGAAGAAGGGUCCGGAGGGUUUGGGCUUUACUGUAGUAACCAGAGACUCGUCAGUGCACGGGCCUGGUCCCAUCCUCGUCAAGAACAUCCUCCCUAGAGGAGCCGCUGUUAAGGAUGGCCGCCUGCAGUCCGGAGACAGAAUCUUAGAGGUGAACGGUGUGGACAUCUCAGGUCGGACACAGGAGGAGCUGGUGGCCAUGCUGCGCAGCACGAAGCAGGGAGACAGUGUGAGUCUGGUGGUGGCGAGGCAAGAGGAGUUGUUCCUGCCUCGAGAGCUGAAAGAGGAACCGAUACGUGCCGCUCUGCCUGAGGAAGGGAAGGAGCAGCUGAUGUUCGAGGUGCCUCUGAACGACUCGGGCUCUGCUGGCCUGGGUGUCAGCCUUAAAGGCAACAAAUCUCGUGAGACCAGUGAAGACCUGGGCAUCUUCAUCAAGUCCAUCAUCCAUGGAGGAGCUGCCUAUAAGGAUGGUCGUCUGCGUGUCAACGACCAGCUGCUUGCCGUGAACGGGGAGUCACUCUUGGGAAAGUCCAACCAUGAGGCCAUGGAGACGCUGCGCAGGUCCAUGUCCAUGGAAGGGAACCUCAGAGGGAUGAUCCAGCUUGUUGUUCUCCGAGUUCUUCCGUCCUCCAACCAGGAGUACACGGACUCACGGAGAAUCCUCAAUCGAUCCUUUGAUAGCUGUGUGGGCCAGAGUGCAUUCCUCAGCCAAUCAGAGAGCCCUGUGCAGCCCCAUAUGGUGAUGAACAACGUCUUUGAGCGAUCUGUGGUUUCAAAUGAGGGUUAUGGUGAAGAGAUAGCAUUCAGUCCUUACAGGCAGAAUGGAGACCUGAAUGGAGGCUUGAACCAUCAGCCCCAUCAGAGUUUGGAGUGGGAAUCAGGCCCUUGCUCAGCUGAAAGCUCUCUGACCUCUCAAGCUCCUCGGGGUAUGAUGGAGCAUCAUCACAUCAAAUCUUCCAAAAGCAUGGACCUGGUUGCAGAUGAAAGCAAAGUGGGAUGCCUGGUGGGGCAAAAGUCAGCUUUCUCUGGUGUGGAGCUGGGUCCUACUCUGGGCCUGAAGAAGUCCAGUUCUCUAGAGAGUCUGCAGACGGCCGUGUCCGAGGCUCAGAAGAACGACCUGCUGCUCUUCCACAGGCCUCGGGCUCACAUGGUGAGGGGUCGUGGCUGCAACGAGAGUUUCCGUGCUGCAAUAGACAAAUCAUACGAUGGGCCGGCUGAGGAGGACGAUGAUGAGGGCUCGGAGGCAAGCUCAGGACGGGACACCCCAGCUAGCAGCUCCUCACGCCAGGGGCUGGGAGACAACGAUGAGAACAAGAAGGACAAGAAGAAGAAAGCCAAAGGAAAAAAGAAAGACAAGUUGAAGAGCAAAGGGAAGGACAAGGACAAAAAGAAAGCGGAGGAGGCCACCGAAGAUCCAGAUAAGAAGACAAAGAAGAAGGGGUUUGGACUUCUGAGGUUUGGAAAGAAGAAGGAAGAGAAGAGUAAAGGUGAGAACAAGGCGAUCACACUGAAGCAUGCAUCAGAACUGUUGAGCGAGGAAGAGUUGCAGAGGAUGAAAGGAGAGAGAGAGAGGAUUGAAGCGAAGCAUCAGGAGCUGAGAGAUCGACAGGCUCGCGAUCGUUUCGUUUCUCCGGAGGUAGAGGAUGACGACGUGGACCCCAACUAUGCCCGGAUCAACACGUUCAGAGGACGCCCGUCUCAGUCUCCAUACGGGACCCGCAGCACGUCGCCUCAGAGAGCCACACACCCCACCAAUCAUAGCCGAGAGCCUUCAACUGAAGAUCCGCUCGAUGGCCUCUACGCCAAGAUCAACAAACCGAGGGGCCCAACCCCACACGGAGCUGACAGCAGUAUGGACCGUAUCCAGCAGCUGCGCAGAGAGUAUCAGCAGGCACGGAGAGACGGAGCUGCUCCAGCCUACGAAGAGUUAGAGGCUCGACGCCAAGUCUCCGAGUACGACCCACACCGGAUUUCUGUCAGGAGUCCUGACCCCAGGCUGGUUCCCCGCUAUGAGGAUGUGGAGCGCCAGUAUGCCUCCCUGCCCAGAAGGGGUCCAGUGGAUCCUACUGAGUACCCAGGACAGGCUUGGCCUGGGCACAGAGACCCUGCCCACUAUACCACCCCACAGCCAGGCUACCACCCCAACUACCCCCAUCGCCCUCUGGACCCUCGGCACAACGACCCAGGCUUUUACCACCCCCACCCUCCACAGAGAGGCCCCCUGCGCCAGGACGUGCCCCCCUCACCCCCUUUGCCCCUCCGAGGUGCUCGGUACGACACCAUGAACCGUGGAGGCUUUCGACACACUAGUCCAGAGCGCUUCGCCUACACAGAUGGACGCCAUCCCGAUCCGAGACAGAAGAACGCCAUGACUGCAGCCGUUUAAGCACAGCAUUGUAUACUCUGCCUGGUACGCAACAUGUAAAGAACCACACAGCAGCACUGUGUUCAUUAUCUUUUCAGUGUUGUUUCUGUGCUUGACCUGUAGAUCACUCUGCCUUAUCCUGAGCGACUUGCUGCCCAAGGCCACCUCUUAAAAAAUACCGAUAAUACAUUCCUGUCUUCCUGCCAAGUGAGCAUUAAUGGAGCUACAUUCAAGAGCUUCUCUUUUUCUCCAAAUCUGACUCGCCCACAAAGGGAGGGCGGAUGUGUACGAGCAUACAUGCUGCAGCUUCCAAGUGGAGCGAGAUUUCCAUGGUACUAUGCCUAAGUGAGCCGAGGCUUACAUGGUUCUCCACGUGACAGAAAUUUAAUCCCAUUCCUCUUUGGUAUUCAUCGACUCAGUCUAAAGUGUGUGCUAUGGACUUCUUUCCAAUGCACAGUGUGCUAUAUGUUAGUGCUAUUAUAUUUGUGUUAACCCCUUAAAGUCCCAAAUGAUUAUUUCUUUCUUAAUCUUAAAGCAUAUUAUUCAGUAACUAAAAUGAAACUAAUAUCGAAGGCAUAUGGAUAUAAGGGUGAGGAAUGUAAGUCUGGACCCACAGGAUUUUAAGGGGUUAAAGAACACUAUAUAGUAUACACCAGUGGUCACCAACCCUGUUCCUGGAGAUCUACCUUCCUGAAGACUUUAGCUCCAACCGUAAUCGUGCCCACCUGACCAUCUAAUCGUUGCCUUAAGAAGUUCUUGAUCAACUAAAGCAGGUGUGUUAGAUUUUGAUUGGAGAUGAAACCUGCGAGAAGGUUUCUGAAGGAAAGCUCCAGGAACAGCGUUGGUGACCACUGCUGUACACUUCAGUGCACACUAUAGUCCUGUCGUUUUGGAUGAGUCUCUGUGGACCUUCAGCUUUACACUUUAAAUCAUUAUCUUUCUGCAUAUUGCCAUAUUACACAGCCACUCUGCAACAUUUACAUUAGGACCUUUAUUACUAUCCAUAACCACGUUGUUCAUAUGCGCUGUUAAAGGAAACACCUACGAAUAACAUCAUGUAGAACCACUGACACCGAAAAGAUCCCUUCUUGUAUCUUAAAAGGCUUUUUAAUGCCAUUUUUACAAGUCAAGGUACUCUCUUCUAUCUAUUCUGACUGUUGAUGAGUCUGUCUGCUUGAGUGAAGUCUUAUUUUAUAAAAAAAAAAAAAAAAAAAAAUUGGAAGAUUAAGAAAGUGGAUGUGUUUGUCGAGAGGAAAGAAGGAUUCACCACAUCAGAAGGAUGAGAGGACGAUGGAGUUGUUUCUCCACACACUUCUCUCAGCAACUUUUCCGUUAUCGUUUUCCAUCAUCAUCGUAUUCGCACCUAAAUCCUUCACAAGUGUGGUCGCUUCAUACUCGUAAUGGUUGCACACUCUGAAUGUAUAAAUGGCACGGUGGACAUUUAGAGAGCAGAUAAUGGGACAAAUUGAAUUCUAAUCGCUUCAAUGUACACCCAUCACAUACUGUACGUUUCAAAUAUAUUUCCAUAGCUUGGUAUUAAUGUGUCUGUAAUAAACAAACCGAAUGUUAA